AUGGUCCACAGGAUAAUCAACGAAAUAGCAGGAGACUAUGCAGGAAAACUAAACUGCUAUGUCCUGAAUGCAGACAAUGACUUGUUGGUGGCUGAAGAGUAUGAGAUAAAGGCCGUGCCAGUAGUUCUGCUGUUCAAGAACGGGGAGAAACGAGAGUCCAUCAUGGGUACAAUGCCCAAAGAGUUCUACAUUUCCGCCAUUGAAAGAGUAUUGAACUCUCACUAG